AUGGUAACCCUGGCUCCCUGUUCCAGCACUGUCAGCCUUGACUUGCAGACCAGAUCUGCCGAGGAAGCCACCGACACUUCUGUAUCAGGAAGUGAGGCAUGCAGCCCAACAGAUUCGGCCUCUGCUCAGGUUUGCCCCCUAGGAGACCAACUUGAAAUGGAAUCUCCCACUGCAGCUGCUCCAGGCCAAACCCUGCCCGAACCAGGGGCUCAAGCGUUCCAGGCCCCAUGUGUCUGCAGCUUGGAUCCAGACUUGCCUGAGUUGAGGGACAGCAACAUGAAUCUACUGGAAACAGCUAGCUCGGAGUCUCCCUGGGAGCCUGAGCGUGGUGCUGGAGAGGAUCAAGAUUCCUCUGUCUCAACAAGCUGCAGCGAGAACAUUGUGUUCAAAGGGGAAAUGGAGAGCCCUGAUGCGGAAGAAACGGCCAAGAAAACAACUGGAGACCGGCCCGGCCGUGAGGAGCUGCCUGGUGGCAAGGGGGCCUCUACCCAAGAGCAGUGGGUGGGUAGCAUCCAACUUCCUCUGGAAGUGAAGGCAGCAGCAAAGGAUGAGCCAGCCGCCCUGCGGCAGAGCGAGGGUCUGGGCGAUGGGCCGGAAGAGGAAGCGCUCGGCUCUGAGGCUACGUCCGAAGAGGGGGUCUGCCUCACAGACGAGGAGAGGGAGGCCGAGGCUCAGCCCGAAGAGAGUCGGCGAGGAACUCCCCCGCCCAAAGGAGAGAGGGAGGUGGAGCUGGCGGAGAGUGUGGAGGCAGCUUCCGAAGGCAGCUCUUCUGCAUUCAGCAAUGACCUGCCCAGUGGAGACUCCCUGGAAGGCAGGCGAACACCAGGCCAUGCAGCGCUCAGUCCUCCACUUCAUCUUGAUGACGAUAAGAUGACCACUGUGGACUCUACAUGGGAGGAACCCGACCAGGCCACUUCCUCCAGAGAAUCUUCUCCAGAGCCACCGGACACCACACAGUCCUUCAUGCACACGGAUUCCAGCUUCAUGGCCUCUGAGGAGAGCACGGGAGAGAGCACCAGACUAGUUGAGCCGGAAUCCUCCAGGGCAGGGAGAGAACUGGGCACUCCCGAACAAGCAGAGAGCCAGUUGACAGAGCAGCAAGAGGGGGACGUUCCAACGGAGCUGAAGGAAGCAGUCCUACCAUUGGAAUAUCUCCACAUGGGCAUCAGCAGCAGAGGGACUCCAUCACUGCUUGUGCCCAGCCCCUCAGGGGUGUCUUCAGCAGAGCACAGCCUGGCCCCAGAGCCCCCUGAACACAGUCUGGCUCUGUGUUUGCACUAUUCCUCCCUGCGAGAAGCUCCACAUUCCACUCGCUCAGCGCACACCAGAUUAAGAGCCGACAUGCCAGUGCCUAACCAUCAGCAGCUGCUCUUCACGGCUUCUGAGGAGGAGAUCUACAUCGGCGAGCCUGCUGUUCGUGACCAGCCCCCCGCAGAGCCUGGGGACGGCUGUCCCAGCACAAGCCAGGAAGCAGAGGGUCCUGCUGAAUAUUCAGGGCCAACAAAAACGGGCCCUGACUCGCUGGAAUCCAAAGCCGUCAUUGCAGAAAGCCUGUCGGUCAGCCUUGGAUUGCUUGAGCCAUCUGGUGCCUUGGUGGAGAACCCUGCUGACCCUCCAGCAGCAUCUCGUGAGCGGCAGCAAAUCACGGCCAUGUUACAAGGCUCCUUCGGGAACCUCCAGACCUCCCAGCUCAAAGUGGGGCCUCUUUGUCCUGUGAGCAGCCAGAUGGUGACAGAAGCACAAAGUGUCCUUGCCAGCCUCAAGGAGCGGGUCUUGGAGAGCUCCUCGGAAGAGGCCACCCCAGACUCCUUGGGGGCCAGCGAAGCACAAGACUGGGUGGUCGAAGUUCAGCCUGAACCUGAAACGCCCACUCAUGAACUCGCCGCUGGCAGUGCCACCCAGCAGCCCAGCGAGGACCAGGGUGCUCGGCAGUCCUCCGAGGCCGAGUGUGCCUCAGAACAAGCACAACUGGAGAGCAUCUGUGAGACGCUGCUUGCAGCGGAGGUGACGCCCAGCCCUGUGCUGCUCACUUCCUCCAUGGGCAGCAGUGAGUCCGUGACCCCUGUGCUAGAGGAACAGGAUCUCUCAGCAGAGGAAGACUCUGGCCUGCACAGUGAAGGGCCCUUGGAGGAAGAGGCCAUCCAGGCUUCCUCUGGAACCCCUGCCAAAGACCAGGACCAGAGGUCACUGAGCCUGGAGGAGCCUGCCGAGCUGGGGAUCUCACCUAGGGAGGAAGAGCCCUGGGAGAGCCCUGGGGAGGCAGGUGUAGAUGGGGCCAUGCCAGAGGCCAGCCAAGCAGGACACCUGCAGAGUCCACAGCAUCCAGCAGACGGAGGUAAUCAGCAAAGCCAAAUCCCAUUGGACGAUACUGAAAGCAGCAGAGAGAAUGAGACGCUUCCAACUACAGAAGCAACUGGUCCAUUGAUACUCCAUUCCUCUCCUUCUCCUGAGCCCUCAACAGCUUCCCUGCCAAGUGAUUCCCAGCCUCCCAAGUCUCCUCCACCAGAGCCUUGCCCCAUCCCCGCGGCUGCUCCUCUCCAGCCAGGUCGGCCUGCCUCUCCUGAAGCCACUGUGGAGGAUGCACCUUCCCCUCCUCCUUGCUCUGAACUCAUAGAAGUGCCUCCUGCUUUAUCCUUCCUGCCACCUUGCUCAGAGGAUCCUAUCCAAGGCCAAAAAGACACCUCAGGGCUCCCCGCAUCUGACACGCUCUCUGUCGCAGAGGAUGCUCACGCUGAAGACCAGCCAUCUCUCCUGCUGGAUUCCAGGAAAUAUUUAGAAGCUUUGGAGAGCUCCGUGUCCCCAGUCCCAUGCAGAGACCCCUUCCUCAGCACCCAGGAUUCCCGAGGGAGGCCCCAGCUCCCGGGGAACAAAGACGCCAGAGGGAGGGGUUCCGCCUCCGCAGAAGAGAGGCGAGCCCACCGCGGCUCCAUCCAGUCGGAAUCAAGCUCUUCCAGCGAGAGCGAGCUGCCCUACCGCUGCCCGGAGAUCGAGAGCCUGCGCGAGGCGGCUGGCAUGGCCUUGCUGGAGGACAAGCCGCUGGUGGGGCAGAGAAGCUGUGAAGUUAACCAUAAAGGCUCUUGUAACGACUCGGAGAGCAACGAUGAGUCUAUUCCGGAGCUGGAGGAGCCGGACAUCUCCGAACCCCGGACAGCUCAGACUCAGGCACAGCUAACGCACUCGCUGAGCACCGGGGAGGAAACCAUCAGCAAAGCCAAGCAGAGCCGGAGCGAGAAGAAAGCCAGAAAGGCCAUGUCCAAGCUGGGGCUGCGUCAGAUUCACGGCGUCACCAGGAUCACGAUCCGGAAGUCCAAGAACAUCCUGUUUGUGAUAACCAAGCCGGACGUGUUCAAGAGCCCGGCUUCCGACAUCUACAUAGUGUUUGGCGAGGCCAAGAUCGAAGACCUGUCGCAGCAGGUGCACAAGGCAGCCGCGGAGAAGUUCAAGGUGCCGAUGGAGCACUCGCCUUUGAUCACGGAAACGGCCCCGGCCCUCACGAUCAAAGAGGAGAGCGAGGAAGAGGAGGAGGUUGAUGAGACUGGCCUGGAGGUGAGAGAUAUCGAGCUGGUGAUGGCCCAGGCCAACGUGUCGCGUCCCAAAGCCGUGCGGGCGCUCAGACACAACAACAACGAUAUAGUCAACGCCAUCAUGGAGCUGACCAUGUAGCUGCUGGCCCGGAUGUGCAAACAGACCCACCCCCUCUGUAUAGAUGCACAGUUACUCCUAUACAGUACAGCUGGUAUUAAAUACUCUCUAGAACUGCAAAUAUUCCUACUAGUCUACAUCUCUCAUGCUGCUCAAUAAAACGGCCUCAUGUAUUCACUUGAAA